GUUAGAAGAGUCUGGAUGCAAGCCUGUCAAAUUUCAUCUGAAAGGAGGAAAUCAUUUAGAAAAAAUGACCAGAGAACUCUCCGCGACAGGGUUGCAAACAUUCUGGGCGUUCCGCAUGAAAAUGUAAUAAUCAUCGGCGUAGAACUUGUCGCGAGUUUAUGCGUUACAUUGUUGAUUCCCAAAACAUACGCCGAUGUUUUUCAAAACAUGUUGAAAGAAAAUCUACAAUUCGAAGAACUCACUGCUUUAAGCAUUGAUUGGAUAUGUAUUGACGACCAAGAGUACAAUUUAACAGGAACCGAUGAAAUUAGCAAGGCAGAACAGCAAGAAAAAAUUGUGAGUAUUAAAGACCUAUACAAAGAAAAGUCUCAACUUUUGGAGGAAACAGAAUUACAAAAUUUGGAAUUGCAGAAAAAUCUUGACGCAGUUAAACAAAUGUUGGAUAUUGAGAAGAAACGUAGAAUAGAAUUAGAAAAUCAAUGUAAAUUACAAAAUAACGUCUACAAAAGAUUUAAAAAAGAAGUUCUUGUCCAUUAAAUCCAAAGUUCAAAGAAAUAUGUCUCCAGAAAAUAACAGAAAAACUACCGUCUUACUAAUAUUUUAAAAUCUCUCUUCAAGAACAUUAUAUGGGCGUUACGAAGGCUAAGAUGUAGUGGAACAAAAAUGCCUGUUUAGUGACAGUAUUUAAGACGAAAGUAAUGUCAUUCUUGAUUGCUAUAUGUACGAUGACUUUCUACAAUCUAUAUUUGAUAAAGCUAAAACUAUAGAUAAUGCAUUUUUAAGAAUGUCUAAAAAUGAGCAAUGAAUAUUUAUGUUUCACUAAAACUGAAAUGAUACGUUCUUGUGCCAACACCUGUUUUAAUAUUCUAUUUUCUAUUUCUUUGUAAAUGAUGACAUUGUGCUUGCCUUAAACAUAAUGUAUUUUUACCUAAGUUUAGGUAAUCACUGCUAAUCAGUUUAUGCAAGAUCUUUUCUUGGAUGAUAAACGAUCUUUUAAUUUUUUUUUCUUAUACGCGCGUUAGGGCUCCGUUACAGUUUUCAAUUUUUUAAUUAAUCUUUUGAAGUUUUAAAUUUUCGAUUAGCGAUGGUUACCUAACUUUAUUAUUCUGUUUAUAUACAUUGCAAUUGUACUCUAUUCGAUUCUAGUG